CAGGCGCAGUAAUGUUACGCAAUUAUUGGGACGAACUCCGCCUCCGCGUUCCUAGUUCUUAUUGACAGAUCCAAAGUGUAGUCGACCACAGCGUGGCGGAAAAGUUUUGCAAAAUGAUUCCAAGAAGGAGGUUUACAGAGCUUGCUAAAUGUACUGCUAGGUUAACGAGAAGAGACUUGCAGAAUGCCCUCAGCAUCGGCGUCAGAAGUCUGUCAUCAAAUGCCUCAACUGAAUCAAACUUGUCUUUAAGAGAAACUCUUGCAAGGUUGGUUCCAGAAAAGAGAAGGGAGGUACAAGAGUUUAGAAAACAGCAUGGAGAUACAAAAAUUGGAGAUGUAACUGUUGGAAUGGCAUAUGGUGGAAUGAGAGGCAUAAAAGGCAUGAUUUGUGAGACAUCUGUGCUGGAUCCAAUGGAAGGAAUCAGGUUUAGAGGAUACACUAUUCCUGAAUGUCAAGAGAUGCUUCCUAAAGCUGAUGGAGGAAAUGAACCUCUUCCAGAGGGUAUCUUCUGGCUGCUGUUGACAGGGGAAGUCCCAACAAAAGCCCAAGUUGAUGAAAUUUCCAAAGAAUGGGCUGCCAGGGCCGAGUUACCACAACAUGUUGUUAUGAUGCUGAACAACUUUCCUGAUGAUCUUCACCCAAUGAGUCAGUUUGGUGCUGCUGUAACUGCUUUGAACAACCAGAGUAAAUUUGCCAAGGCGUAUCAUGAUGGAGUGUCUAAAAAGGAUUAUUGGGAGUACACUUAUGAAGAUUCAAUGGACUUGAUUGCCAAGCUUCCGGUCAUUGCAGCUGUUAUUUACAGAAAUCUAUACAAGGAUGGCAAGGUUGCAUGCCUUGAUCCAAACGGUGAUUGGGGUGCAAAUCUCACUAAUAUGCUUGGCUACGACAACCCAACUUUUACAGAGCUGAUGCGACUGUACCUUGUUAUUCACAGUGAUCAUGAGGGUGGUAAUGUAAGUGCCCACACAACACAUCUUGUUGGAAGUGCCCUCUCGGAUCCUUACCUCUCAUUUGCAGCUGGCAUGAAUGGUUUGGCUGGACCUCUUCAUGGGCUGGCUAACCAGGAAGUACUUCUGUUCAUCAAUAAGCUAGUACAAGACAUUGGUCCAGAUGCAUCCCAAGAGCAAGUUAAAGAAUACUGCCUAACUACACUCAAGACAGGGGUUAUUCCAGGGUAUGGACAUGCUGUUCUUAGGAAAACAGACCCACGUUACACUUGCCAGAGAGAGUUUGCCAUGAAGCACUUGCCAGAUGAUCCUAUGUUUAAAAUAGUGAGCAAUUUGUAUGAUGUUGUGCCACCCCUCUUGCAAGGGCUGGGAAAAGUUGCCAAUCCAUGGCCUAAUGUUGAUGCUCACUCUGGUGUCCUACUUCAGCAUUAUGGAAUGACAGAGAUGAACUUCUACACCGUUCUGUUUGGCGUUUCACGUGCACUCGGAGUUCUCUCGUCACUUGUUUGGGAUCGUGCUUUUGGAUUGCCCAUUGAAAGACCAAAAAGCAUGAGCACUGAAGGACUGAAAAAGCUUGUUGCAAAUAUGAAGAAGUAACUUCCCUAAAGAAAUUUGUAAAUUUAAGUUCCUUGUCGUGUAAUUUCAACUAAUGUAAUAGUCACAGGAGCAUUAAUCAUCAACACUAACUAUUUGAUUCCUUGCUUAACACUGUUAGGAAUAAUUUGCUGCGUAGUUUCACGAUCAGAUACUGUAUUAGUUAAAAAACGACUAAUUCUUUUUACGCAAUACUUUCAUCCAUUUCAUCUAGUGAAUUGUUUUAAUGUAAACGAGAGUUUAACAAGUAAAUUUUGUGUGUAUGCAGUUUUUGUCUAAUAUUUCCUUGUUUUGGUGUUGACAUUAAAUUUUCUAAAGAUGUUCUAAA